AUGAGCGGCGCUCCCGGCGGGCCCCGGCCGAGGACCCCGCCGAGCCGCGGAGCCGCGGCCGCCCCGUCGCCCCGGCCGCCCCCCGCCGACCCGCUGCGCCAGGCCAGCCGGCUGCCCAUCCGCGUCCUGAAGAUGCUCAGCGCCCACGGCGGCCACCUCCUGCACCCCGAGUACCUCCAGCCGCUCUCCUCCACGCCCGUCAGCCCCAUCGAGCUGGACGCCAAGAAGAGCCCGCUGGCGCUGCUGGCCCAGACCUGCUCGCAGAUCGGCAAGCCCGACCCGCCGCCCUCCUCCAAGCUGAACGCCGUGGCGGCCGCCGCGCCCGCCGCCGACAAGGAGCCCUCGGCCCGGCCCGCCGCGCUGAAGCCGCCGGGCAGCGGGGACGCGCCCGCCGAGGACAAGUCGAGCUUCAAGCCCUACUCGAAAGGCGGCGGGGAGCCCCGCAAGGAGGGCGGCGCGGACAAGGCCGGCUUUCGGGUGCCCAGCGCAGCGUGCCCGCCGUUCCCCCCUCACGCCGCCGCCUCCUCGCCCGGCGGUUCCCGCGGGGCUUCGCCGCAGCACCCCGAGCCCAAGGGCGCCGAGGAGAAGAAGGAGCCCGAAGGCGGCAAGCCCAGCCCCGAGGGGACGGGCGGGGCGCUGGGGCGCGGGGUGGUGGAGGCCGGGGCGCACGGCGAGCCCCCCUCGGGCCGCAAGUCGGAGCCCCCCGCGCUGCCGCCCGCCGGCCAUGUGGCCCCCGUGUCGCCCUACAAGCCGGGCCACUCCGUGUUCCCCCUGCCGCCCUCCAGCAUCGGCUACCACGGCUCCAUCGUGGGCGCCUACGCCGGCUACCCGUCCCAGUUCGUGCCCGGGCUGGACCCCACCAAGCCGGGGCUGGUGGGCAGCCAGCUGCCGGGGGCGCUGGGGCUGCCGGGCAAACCGCCCAGCUCCAGCCCGCUCACCGGGGCCUCGCCGCCCUCCUUCAUGCAGGGAUUAUGCCGGGACCCGUACUGCCUGAGCUACCACAGCGCCUCGCACCUGGGCUCCAGCAACUGCUCCAGCUGCGUGCACGACCCCGGCAGCCUCAAGAGCGGAUACCCCUUGGUGUACCCCACGCACCCCCUGCACUCGGUGCACACCACGCUCUCCUCCGGCGGCACCCCCAGCCUGCCCGGCCACCCCCUGUACACCUACGGCUUCAUGCUGCAGAACGACCCCCUGCCCCACAUAUGCAACUGGGUGUCUGCCAGCGGACCCUGCGACAAGAGGUUUGCCACCUCGGAGGAGCUGCUCACCCACCUACGGACCCACACGGCCCUGCCGGGGGCCGAGAAACUCUUGGCGGGUUACCCUACCUCCGGGCUGGGCUCCGCGGCCUCCUGCCACCUGCACCUCCCGCCCGCCGCCCCCGGGAGCCCCAACACCUUACCGGCCUCGCUCUCCUUGAGGAGCCCACACACUUUGGGACUAAACAGGUACCACCCCUAUGGCAAGAGCCACUUGCCCACGGCCGGCGCCCUGCCCGUGCCCUCCUUGCCAGCUGCCGGACCUUACUACUCCCCGUACGCUCUCUACGGCCAAAGACUCACGUCAGCCUCGGCUUUGGGAUAUCAGUAACCGGCUCAGCCCCAGCCCCCCGCGCCCUCCUUGGACUCUGUAUUUAUUACUGUAUGUUAGCUUAAAGCUGGGAAUAUAAGUGCAUUAUACACCAAUGAAUCAAUGGUAUGCAAAAAAAAAAAAAAAGUCUGUGUUCCAAAAAAAAAAAAAAUUAACCCGAAAAAAAGAAAAAAAAAAAAAUUUCCCUUCUUUACUUUGCAGGUGUGGGGCUUUGGUUUUCCCCUUCUGUUUCUUUUGAAUUUUUUUUUCCUUCCCCUUCUUAAUUUCCCCCAAGAAAUUCUUGCAUGACAUGGAAAAGCAAAAAAAAACAAAAAAAAAGGCAUUUUCCUCCUUCCCCUCUGCGUUUAUCGCUCUGGGAUUCUGUUCUCUGCAUUUGUAACUUGCAGAUGUAAUUUUUUUUUUUUGGACUUUUUUCCUUAUUUUUAAUCUUUGGGGUUUUCAAAUUUUUUUUUUCCUUUUAAAAUUUUUGUGGUUUAUUUUUUUUUUUUUUUUCAAUUUUACUCCUUCUUUUUGGUUUUUUUUUUUUUUUUUUAAUUUUUUGCGCUGUGUCCGGGGCCGGGUGGGCUACACCGGUUGGGUGAUGCUCACCCCCAGGCCGUGCCCCGCCGGGGGCUGCAGGACCCCGCGUGUCCCCGCUGUGUCGGUGGGGGGACCGGAGGAGCGGCAGGACCGGCGGCCCCGGGCGGGCGGACGAGCCCCGGUAAGUCUGAUUUUGUUAAUAAACGCCUCUUGGUUGUAACCCACGCUCUGGUGUCGUCUCGUCCUGCCCGGGGGUCCGGCGGGGUCCCAGCACCAUCUAGCGGCGGUACCGGAGGAGCCCCGGCUGCGCUCCUGGCUCCGCGUCCCCGGUGUCCCCAUCCCCGCGUGUUCGUGUCCCCAGGCGUGGCGGCGGAGGGGGAAGGUUCCAGAAGGCGUUUGGCGGGAUCGGAGCGGUGCCCGCGGGUGGGCACCCCCUCCCGGGGUGCAGAUUUGGGGCUGCAGUUGUGUUCUGGAUAUCGGUGCGGGGGGAUCCCACACCCUGCUGCCGUUCGAUGUUUGUGCGGGAGGAGGGUGAUGGAUGGCUCUGACGUGGUCUGGCUCCAUCCCCACCGUGCUGGGGGGCUCUGCCUGCUCCAUGCCCCAAGGAAAGCGCUUCCACUCCAGCUCUGGGACCCCUUUUCAAGCUCCCCCUGCAUGCCCCAUUGCCCCACAUCACUUAUUUUUUUUUGUCUGCCUCGUUCCUGUUGCAUUUCAGUGAGUCACGCAAUUAAUCCCUGUUAAUUGCCUUCUCAAUAUUGCUUUAUGCCCUGCGUUUAAAUUCCUUUGUGUCCUUUGAGCUGAAAAAUAACGCGCUGAGAGCAGGGACUACUUUUGCCAAAGGGAUUUUGAUUUCCCUGUGCCUGAGCGUGCGGCCGCUGGGAGGGCCCAGCUUGGGUUUCCUGUGGCAGUGGGAGAAAUUUGGUGGUCUAGGGACCAGUUUGGCUCCGUGCUGAGCUCCCCAAGGCUGAUUUUGGGGGUCUGAUUUUGGGGGUCUGUGGCUUGGGGAUGCGCGGACGUGGCUGGGCUCCGGUUGUGCCCGUGGUGGUGUUGCUCCUUCCAGGUGGGAUGUUUGCUGGAUGAGAGCUGGGGUUUGCACAGAGGUGUUUGCAGGGCUGGGGCUGGCACAGGGGGCUUUGCUGUGGGUGUUUGCUCUGCCCUGUGGGCACAGCAGGAAUGGGGUGCCCAGCCCAGGCUGGUGCAGCCCCUCCGGUGUCCGUGCUGGGUGCUGAGCCCUGUGGCAGCUGAUGCUGGCCGUGGAGCAGGGUGGCACGGGCGGUGGGCACAGCAGCCCCAGAGUGUUCUCUCUGCUGGCACAGGAGGUACCCAGACCCCCUGGCCCUCGGGAGCAUCGCUUCUCCCUGGAUGUGGCUCCCGCUCCCCGCAGUGAUGCCGCUCAGUGUCGGCCUCACUCGGGCACUGCCAGUGCCCAUCGUAAAUCCUGGCUGUGGCUUCGUGCUGGGGCCUGUCUCAGGUUCCUGCGCUGGAAUUUUGUCCCACUGUGCCCAUCCCUGGCUGUGCCUGGGCACCUCGUGCCACGGGGUGGGAGGAUGAUGCCGCAGACCCUCAAGGCGCAGUAGCCCAGUGCCAAAAUCAGCGCGCCUGGCACGGCCACUCCGGGUUUUGGGGGCCGUGCCAGACCCCAAACCACGGAGCAGCCGGGGCACAGAGCAAGGAGAGGCUGCACAGCCUCAUCCUGCCAGAGCUGCUGGGGGAUCCCUCCUCACGGCAAAGCUCCAUCCCCUCUUUCCCCCAAACCUCCUCGCACCAGGAUGGUCCCUGCUCCAAAACGAGCCCACACGCCUUCCCUUCACCCACGGCAGGGCUGGGUGCUGCCUGGAUGAGUCCUGCUGUGCAGGAGGUUCCCUGAGGAAUUUUUUUCCCCUCCCUAAGGACUGCAGCAGUGGGGCCAGACCGUGUAAACACCGCGAGUAUCAUCUGAUAGCGGCGGCACUCGGGCUGAGCUGCUGGGGAACGGUCGCGUUGCCGAUAUAUUAAAUAAUUCCCUGUGUAAUGUAUGCCCAGGUUAUUGCGGAAUUCAUUUUAUAAUAAGAGCACUGGGAUGCACUUUAUUAAUCAUUCUGUCUAACAACCUGCACUCCACAGUUUCAGUUUGAUUUGAUUCAAUCCUGUCUUUCUGCAAAAUAUAUGGCUGAGUGGGUCGGAUAAUGUAUGGCUUAAUUUAGAGUUGUAUGGGUUUGAAUUACCAUUUUCAUAAUGUGCUGUGCAUUAAUGUGUUGCAUCAUUUAUACAGAAAAAUGUGCCAGGUUUCAAACCUCUCCAGGAGGCAAAAGUCACCUAAAGGGAACGCGGAGAGACAGGAAAAGACCUUCUCAAAUCCAGCUGGGGCUGGGAGGACACCCGUGGGUGUCGGACGUGGGGACGGCAGUUUUGGGGCUGUGCUGGUGGCUCUUUUCCCCGUGGCACAGCAGCACCUUCUCCAUGUCACCCCGAGCUGCCGGGGACCUGCAGCGCUUGACUCGCCGCUGACCCCGGUGCCGCCGAAGUCGCGCCCACCAUCACUCGCGAGGAAAAAGCUCUGAUUAUCCAAAUACAGUCAUUAAAGGGGAAAUGUGUUUUUUAGGACUGUCAGAGUGAUUAAUGAGGGUUAGCAAUCCUUGCAAAUGCACUUGUUUAGUCUAACUGGCAGCCUCUCCUUUCCUAUUGAUUUAUGGUGGCAGUUGCCGGGGCCGCGGUGUGUGUGGAAGGAGCGGGGCUGCGCCGGGGCACGGCGAGGGGCCCGGCCGAGCAGCACGGCACGCUCUGCUGUGCCCGAGGCAGCUGAACAAAGGCAACAUUAUCCCCUGUGCCGGGGAAGGAAUGACUUGGACGCACACGCCGAGCCGCUCCGCGUGCCUUAUAAAUAUCCCCGUCUGUGAAGGCCGAAGCCCAGCUGACCACAGCCACGCCGUCCGCCCAAUAAAUACGUGAAUGAAAGAGCCAGGCCCUAUUUUUUUCUUGUUGUUUUUCCUUUCCUCUCCUGCACAAAAAUCCCCGAUGUCUUUUAGGUGAUGCAGAGGUGGCUGCCCGCAGACGUACAAGGCGUUUCAGAGCGCGGAGCGGAGCGCGGCGUCCUCGAGGGCUGGAGCCUGCCCAGGGGUCAGGUCGGGAUGCAGAGCCGUGGUGGGUGGAUGAGAAGUUCCUCAGCUGCAUAAAGCAGCUUUUCUUUCCGCGUGAGCACUGGUGGAAGCCACGGAGAACAUGGGCUCUGUUUGUCCUCCAAGCCAGAGUGGCACGGACACCUCCUGUCCCCUCGCCAGCAUCCCCGUGCCCAGCCUGGCGUCAGGGUUUGCUUUGGGGCACACUUGGUGCUGGAUGAGCUGAGAGCAGACCUGGAGGGACAGAGCCAUGCUUGGAGGUGGCAGUGGAGGUCCUGUGCCAGGCUGGGAGCUGGAACCCUGCAGGAGGAGCAGCUGAGUGGUGACACAGCGGUGACACGGAGCAGCCAGGGCAGCACCACGGUGUGGAGCUGUGUGUGCCCACCAGAGCCCCACACUGCCCUGCUGUGGGGCCACCUCCAGCCACUCCAAGCAGUGGGACAGCACAAGUGACAAGAGGCUGGAUGAGGUGAGUGGAGAAGGACAAAGUGGAGAAGGACAAAGACCUCGAGGCGCCAAAGCCGGAAGAGUGUGGGCAAGCACCCAGGGCACUGCAGUGGCCAGGAAUGCCACAGAUGGGAAUGAACUUUCCUCUGGCUCUGGAUAACAGCUGAAGAUCUGCUGCUGCCUCUGCCCUGGCCAUGGAUUGGUGUGUGCUGCAAACCCUCCAGCAGCUCUGACUCCAGCUUUCACAACGAUGCACUGACGUGUUCCUCACCACACCAGGACACCCGGCCUUGGCUGGUCACCAGUGACCCACGGGAGGUCCCCAGUGUGACCACAGCCAUGGUUUCCCUCUUGUGCAGUGUGACAGUCCAGCACAGGGCCCUGGCAGGUGACAAAGCCCUGGGACCACGGCUGUUUCCUCGCACAGGUUGACACAGGAGUGUGGCAGCGAUGCUGGGUCACAGUCACCCUGUGUUUAUUGUGGUGACAAACUGAGGAGUGCUGAUCCUCACACACCAACACUUCGGCUGAAGCUCCCUGGAGAGCAGGGGAGGGUGCUCAGCUGACAGCUCUGUGCACAGAGCAGGGUCCUGGAGCUCGAGUCCCAAUAACACAGAUUUACACAGAUGAUUUACACAGAUUUACACAGACCCCUGUGUUUUCUGAAGCUGUUCAUGGAAACCUCCAGCAGCAGCUUUGCCAUGACUUCAUCCCACCUUCCAGCGUAGUGCAGGGAGACAGGACAGGAGGAUGUAACCCACGGCCUUUGCCAAAGGUGAUGGUGGAACACCGGCCCCAACAGGCUGAGCAGAGCUGGACAGGACACCCGACACUGUGCAUGGUGCAACGUGACCUCUUUAACACCUUGUGGUCCCAAAAUUCAUGGAUCACCCCUCCUGACCUGGCAAAAUUGGGAAGGAGAUGAAGGAUGCAGCAUCCUGGGCAUCUGGUGGCUUCUGACAGACCCUUCCUGCAGACACCUCAGUGGAGCAGAGAACCAAAAUGGCCUUUUUUGUGUCCCCCACAGCUGCAAACGUGCCCACCACAGCACCCCUGCAUCUCCAGGUGCAUCCCUGGGAGAGGGAGAUGCUGCUGCAUCAAAGAAGAUGGGGAGCAGUGAGAGCCUCAGGUGCUGGUGCCACCCCAUGAGCAGCUCCUGGGGGACUCUGAGAGAGGACAGGACAGAAAUGGGGACUGUUAAAGAUCUUUCUUGCUGAGCUCUCACCGUCUUCUCUGCACUCAAAAUAUUUGCUGUUUUCCUCUCUGGAUGAGAAGGAUGGGGUUGGAUGAGAAGGAUGGGGCUGCUCAUCACCCAGGAUGGCAUCCAGGCUCUGCUCCUCUGGGCACAGCUCCUACCAAAGGGACUCCUGGUUUCUGCUGGAGCAGCGUUGCCUUUGUGGGGUUCGGUUUUGUUCCCACUCCCCUCAGAGGUGAGAAGAGCCCAGUUCUGGGCAGAAUGGAAAUGGAGCCUAAAGCCCUUCCUUGCUUCCCACAGUCUCUGGGACUCUGCUUGGGGUUUGUUUUGGGAACAGCUGGCACGGAUGGGGCUGGCUGGGUGCCUGCUCCUCUGGCUGCAGGGAUGUGCUCUGUCCCCUUUGCUGCUGCUCCUCAGUAAUUCCCAAGCUUUUCCCAGUUGCUGUGCUGGCACAGAAAUCCUGCAGCACUGGGGCAGCUCGGGGGGGUUCCUCACAAGGGGAGCACCAGGAUCCAGCAGCUCUCAUGAUUUUGGGAUGUCCUGGUGUGGGGCAGACCCUGAGCCCUCCUGGCCAUGGGGGAAGCCCUCAGGGCAUUGGGACUGUCCUGCUGGGUUUGGGGACUGGCUCUGAGCACUGGGGCAGCUCAGGGGGGUCCUACCUAGGGAAGAGCCCAAGGGGAGCACCAGAAUCUGGCAGCUCUCGUGAUUUUGGGGUAUCCUGGUGUGGGGCAGACCUUGAGCAAUCCUGGCUGCAGGGGGCACCGGGACUGUCCUGCUGGGUUUGGGGACUGGCUCUGAGCACUGGGGUUUGCACAGCACCCACCCACUGCAGGUGAUGGGGACCAGGGCAGGGCUGGCAGCUCCAGGGUGCUCCGUGCCUCCAUUUCAGGGCACAGAGAGAGCUCAGCACCACAACCAGGGGGUGGGCAGUGGGCACAGCACCCACACACUGCAGGUGAGUCCAGGGCAGGGCUGGCAGCUCCAGCAGGGCACAGAGAGAGCUCAGCACCACAACCAGGGGUGGGCAGUGGGCACUGCCCCCCACCUUUAAUCACACCCCAGAUGGCCACAAGCCCCAGGGCAGUAAUGGGCUUGGGGGGACUGAUCUCUGGGUGCUGUGCCAGGGAUGCUGCCCCUGCUCAUCCCUCUGGCCCUGCCCUUCUCCUGCCACCAGCAGCGGCCCUUUCAUCUCCGGGGGAGGUACAAAUGGAGCUGUCAGAUGCCAUCAGCCCCGUGAUAUGACAGGCUGUGGGGCCAGGGCCCCUCGAACAGAGCAGCCUUGUCUGUCAGAGCCGCCUGACACUCCCCAUAAUGGCCAGAUGGAUGAGACUCUGAAAGUAGGGCCCGGCGCGUUUUCAACUCUAUUUUGGGUGAAAACACUUCUUGAAAGAUCUUGAAAGGAGCUGGCAGUUUAGUAGUUCAGAUGAUUAAUGAGCACUGGCUCUGGCGGGUGGAUUUCUCGAGCCGUGCCAGCAGCUGGGCUGCUCCAGCGGGCCAAGACACGCCGAGCGGCCCCCGGCCCCCCUGGCCUUCCCGGAAAUGACACCGAGGCGACAGGCCCUGCAUAUGGAAAAAGUUAAAUAUAAAUUACUGCUGAAAGAGGCCUCGCCGAGCCGAGUUAGUUAAAAGAUGUUUAUGGAUUCAGAAACACGGGCCUGCAUAUGUAUUUAGGGAUGACAAAUGUGAUUCAAUAAGUCAGGAAUUUCUCCGUGGGCUGAGGCGGGACCCGCUCUGCUCUGGGCUCGGCUGCUCCGUGCCAUAAAUCCUGCAGGCAGGCUCCUCGCUCCUCCCCGGCCUGCUUGGGGUUGAUUUCUGCCUUUUUCCUGCAGCUCACCAAGUCACUGGAGAUCCCAAACUGUGUUUGGGAGCAGCCCUGCUCUCUCCAUGGGUUUGGGGGAUUGGGAAAACCCAUGAGGGCACUGGAGGCCAUGCCACCACCAGUGCCAAGCACAUCCCUUUCCCUGGGUUCUCUGUCCCCCCAGAGCUGCUCUGGGAGCAGCCAGGCCCUUCAGGACUGUCAGCAGAUGAUUUAUGACCAACCUCCAGAACAAGUUUGGGAUUUGACCUGGUGCUUCACGAGUUCAGCCCUAAUUCUGCAGCCCCUUCAUGUAGGGCAGCUUGGGGGCACCCAUCGAAGCUGCCCCCUGUUCCUGCUGCUCUUGGGGUGCACCACAACAAACUGAAGCAGGAAACCCCUAAAUUAAACUCCAGCUGUUUUGGUGGGGGCCUGGCAUGGGUGCCAGGCCCAUGGCGGGGGUACCAGGUCCAUGGCGGGGGUACCAGGUCUGUGUCAGGGGUGCCAGGUCCAUGGUGGGGGUACCAGGUCCAUGGUGGGGGUACCAGCUCCAUGUAAGGGGCACCAGAUCCAUGUCAGGGGAUGCUGGAUUUGAAUUUAGGGUGACAACCCCCAGCAGACCCACAGCAAUGGGCAGUGCAGGAUCCACCCCCUUGGCUCCCCUCAUCCCACACCUCUGGGAGGCUCAGAGGGAAAUGCUUUUCAGGGGGUCAGGGCCCGGCCAGGCCUUGGACCCACAUCCACAUUCCUUUGGUCUGAUUUUAUUCGUUAGCAACAUUUGGCCUGGAUAUGGAGACAGCUAAUGAGGGACGGAGUUUAUUGCAGUUUGAUUUUUCUGUUAAAACAAUACAAUAAAAUAAAUGCACUUGGAAA